GAGGCCUGCGAGCGCAGCCUUGCCGAGAUGGAGUCGUCCCACCAGCAAGUGAUGGAGGAGCUCCAGAGGCACCACCAGCGGGAGCUGGAGCGGCUGCGGCAUGAGAAGGAGCGGCUCCUGGCAGAGGAGGCAGCAGCAACAGCAGCAGCCAUUGAGGCACUGAAGAAAGCCCACCGGGAGGAGAUGAAUAAGGAGCUGGGCAGGACACGAAGCUUCCAGCAAUGCAGCUCCAUCUCAGAUGCCCUCCAGAAGCAGCACCAGUCAGAUGUGGACUCCCUGAAGCGAGAGUUGCAGGUGCUUUCCGAACAGUACUCCCAAAAGUGCCUGGAAAUCGGGGAGCUGACCCAGAAGGCAGAGGAGCGCGAGCAGACGCUGCUGCACUGUCAGCAGGAGGGGAAAGAGCUCCUCCGGAAAAACCAGGAGCUGCAGACCCGCCUCUCGGAUGAGAUCGGGAAGCUGCGAAGCUUCAUUUCGUCACGGAGUUCCGGAGACCGCUCUCCGCACAACAACGAGCGGAGCUCCUGUGAGCUGGAGGUGCUGCUGCGGGUGAAGGAGAAUGAGCUCCAGUGCCUCAAAAAAGAGGUGCAGUGCCUCCGGGAGGAGCUGCAGAUGAUGCAAAAGGAUAAGAGAUUUGCCUCAGGGAAAUACCAAGACGUCUAUGCAGAGCUGAAUCAUAUUAAGGUGCGCUCGGAGCGAGAGAUCGAGCAGCUGAAGGAGCACCUGCGCCUGGCCAUGGCGGCUCUGCAGGAGAAGGAGUCACUGUGCAACAGCGUCGGGAAGUAACGGUCUGCUCUUCAUUUGUUUAUCUGUUCUUGUUUUGUAUUUGCUCCAUUCCUCACUUGUGGAGAGGGGGAGGUUGAAUCCCAUCCCAUCCCCAUCCGGAGAGGAAUCCCACCCACCCCCCAGCCUCCUCACUCCCCUCCCAAAGCUUUUUUUGAUGAACCCCUUUUGCCUGCAUACCUGAGCACAUUGUUUGGACUGGCUCCUUACAUGCACC